UGAAAUCACAUAGGUGAGACCGACUGAAAACACCGAACGGAGGAAACAGAAGUGGAAAAGGAGAAGUAGUAACGACAAUGUGCUGAGAAAUUUACGUUUUCAACGAAAAACCAGAAUAACCAGAUUCUGAUUCACUCGCCUUCAGAAGGAAAUAGACUGAGAUACAGGCAGCAGUGGAGCUGAGAUGUCUGGCCAUGCUGGAGGAGCAGCAGGAACAUGAUGAUGGGAGUGGUAAUAUUAACAAGUUUCCCAACAAUGAAUUCUAUUCUGCCAUUAUGGACGAAGACUUGGGGCGUAUUGAAGAUAUGUCAAAAAAGUACGGAAGUGACUUUCUCAUCGCGGCACAAAACGGUGGACUUGGAAGAGUUUUCGGGAAGGGUCAUACUAUUCUUCCCCUUCAUCUGGCUGCCUCUUACAAACGAGUAAACAGCAUGCGGUGCUUGCUGUCAGCAGGAGCAGACCCUGAAUUGAGGGACAAGCUCGGGCGAACCACACUACACUUGGUGAUUACCAGCUGGCCGAGCAUCCUGACUGUAAGGCCAAAACCACAUUCCAAGUUCCUGCCUGCUGCGAUCGCUGUGCACCGGAAGGCAGAGGCCUGUCUGCAGCUCCUCUGUGAGCACGGUGUUAACAUCAAUUCAGAGGUUGAGAGAGAGACAGCUCUCCACCUAUCAGUAUGCUAUGGCGCUCUGUCUGCUGUCCACAUUCUUGCCAACUAUGGUGCCAACAUCAACGCUGUGAAUGGCAACGGGAUGACGCCCCUGCAUAUGGCCGCUGGGAUCCUCUGUAAGGACAUUACAGCCACCUUGAUCAGACAUGGAGCAGAUGUCAACAGGGGGGUGACGCACACUGGAAACACUCCUCUGCACUUAGCUGCUGUGGCAAUGGCUAUGAAGACCUCUAAAACCCUGGAAGACAACAUCAGCUGCAUCUCUGGGCUGCUGGAGCACGGGGCCGAGCCCAACGCAGAGAACAAGGCAGGAUUCACGCCUUUACAGGAAGCAUGCAGCAUGGGCAACAAGGAGCUGAUUGACCUGCUGCUCAGGUACGGAGCCAACAUCAAUAAACUGAGCCAAGCAGGGGAGAACUGUCUGUUUUUGUUCCUGAACCACAGGCCUAACGUGAGGAACAGCUCCCUGCUGGUGAAACUCCUCAGCCUGACCUCCCCGCUCACUGUCUACAACAGUGAUGGCGACCUGCCCUCAACCCUGACACUACCAUGUUUCUUCAAGCAGAGAGACCAGCUGCUAAAACUCAUGCAGCAGCCGAGAAGGCUUCAGGAUAUUUGUAAGAGUGUUAUUUAUCUGAAACAUGUCAGAGGUAAGAAAGCAGAAUUGAAAAAAGUCCUGCCUGAGAGGCUUUAUGACUUUGUCUUCAACUACUGGGAGAACACACACAACAUCUCCUUUGGGAGUGAUGAUGAGCAAGACAACAAACAUGUUUGACAUUACUCCUAAUUAAUACCAGGUGUGUCAACAAAACAUAUAUUGUGCAAAUAAAAUCUAUCCAAGCACCUUA